AUGGAGUUCAAGCCCAAUGAUGCUUCCAUCACCAGCGAGUCGGCGCCUCUCAUUGAGCCCGUCGACUGCGAGAACGACCGGGACUUGUUCAUGGUCCCCUUAAAAAGGCCGUCGCCCCGGCUGCCACCGUCCCGGUAUCGAAAUGUCAAAGCGAGAACACCUCCUAGAUCUCCGGUCGCGCCGUCGCCAUCGAGUCUCCAGAAAUCCCCACAGCCCGCUUCACAACUCGUAGGGUCUCUAGUCUACAACAGCCCGCCCAUGUCACAAGGGAGAAACACCAAAGUGGGCUCGUCCCCCGUCAUGUCGACCGAGGCCGGCUCCGCACGGCAGAGCUCUGAGCUGCAGUCCUCCAGCAAGGAGAACACCACCUCCGCCUCUCGGUCAACAGGCGACAAGCCCAACACCUCCACCAAAGCUUCCUCCGUCUACGAUAGCCCGCCGGCCAUCGUCGAGAAGAAGCCCGAGGGCAACGCCACCGACACCCAACAAGAAGCCACCGCACCCCCCGGCCAUCCCCCCCCUCUCCGCUGCCCGCAACACCUCCACCUCCACCUCACCAAACAAGCCCGCAACCUCGGCCUCGCCCUUCACCUCUCCCCCAACCCCAACAACAACUAA